GGGCUGUCGGCAUUCCUGGCUUCGUUGUCGCACUUGCACACAUCGGGCUGCUCAGCACGUGCGUCUGUCCGCUCUUGCUUGCUUGCCUUCUGGCCGCUGUCCUCGCUUGCUUGGUCUUGCAUCUGCCCGCACAUCUGCCCGCCCAUCCAACAUGGACAAUGUGGCUGCUGCCGAGCAGCUCCUCUCGCCCCUGGAGCUGCUUGCCCCGCUUCCUCUGCCGUCGUUUGUGAUGUUCACCGUGCUGGCGACGGCUCCGGUGACGCUGGCGCAUGUCCUGCUCCCUUCGGCCCUGUGGCUCUACCUCGCCAUGGUGGGCACGACCGCCGUUUUCCUGCGCAAAUACUCCCGCAAGUCGGUCUCUCGUGUGGGCUGGUGGCUCUUCGUCUCGAUUGUCUUUAUCGCUGCUUUCUGGGCCCAGCCCAACCUCAAGGUCAAGCUCUAUUCUCGUCAAACCCCCGGGCAGUUCCGGGUCAGUCCUCGAAUCCCAACCAACUGUCAGGCUCCGGUCUUGCGCAUCGAAACCCAUCCCGACGUCAACAUCACGGCGCUGCUCAAUCUCCCCUCGACAGCCUUCGCCGAUGACGCUCUCCCAACCCCUGCGCUGAGCAGCAGUCUCGACGACGACGCCCAGUCCAUCGACCCCCACGAGGUCCCCAUCAGCUUGUCAGCCAUCCCAGCGACUGGCUCGAGAGCGUCUCCCCCGGAGCCGAUGCACAAGUUCAUCUUGACCAAGGGCGAGCGCAUCCAGCGCCAUUUUCUGCAUGAAUUUGAGUUCUUGCCUCUGAACUCAAGUCUCGAGCGCAUCGAUAUUCGCUUCUCGCUCGAAUGCAAGCGCAUUCCGGUCAACAUCAAGACCCCGUGGUUUUCGGUCCGGAAUGAGGGCCAAGCCCUCGGUAUCCAGCGUUCCAGGACCACCGGCAACGUGUAUGCACCAUUGACCAUCUCAAGCCUCAAGCGACGGGUCCAGAAGCUCGGGAUGCUUGUGCACCUCGCCCUGUUCUGGCCCCUGUGCACCUUCACCAUCUCCGUCGGGCUCGUUUCGCUCAAAAAGAAGUACGGCACAACCCCCAUGCAGGCCCUCCCGCUGAUGCUGACGAUCUGGAACCCGUCUCAGGAGUCGCUGGAGCACCAGAAGCACCUCGAGUCCAUGGAACUGGCUGCCGAGGAGGAGGAGCGCCUCUACAAACGGCUUGAGUUCCAGCAAUGGAAGCUCAACCAACAGGCUUGGCAAAACCGGCAACUGGAGCGGCGCCUACUUGACCUUGAGAAGGAGCUGGACGAAUUACAGGCCCACUCCAAGACUGGUUACGAAGAGGACAACGAAGCCGAGGACAGCGAGCGGCACCGGCCCCUCUCUGGCGUGGGCGUCUCUGCGGCGGCCAAGAAGCAGCGCCGCAUCUCUUCUCGACCAACAAGCAUCUCAACCGACUUUUCGGCGGCUGGAGUGGGCUCAACGGCGUAUUCGAUUAUCCCGGGUCUCGACCGCCUGAGCAUCCAGUGGCCGCGCGGCUAUCCCUCGUUCUUGAAGAUGCCACGCCGGUGGGGCGGAAGCCGCCGGAGGGCCAAGAGUCCAAUCCAAACCGAAAUCGAGAUCGACGAGUUUUACCGCCGACAUGUCGGGCCGUCGUCCGAGGACCAGCCGCCCGUGGACCGAUCCGAGUCGCGAGCCUCUAUAUUCUCUGACCAAGACGGGCCCCUGCGGCGUGAGUUCAGUUUUGACGAAGGAGACGAUGCCCGCGGGCGACUGCGAUUCCGUGGCGAACGUUAGACGCCGAGUCUUUGGUUGCUUGUCAUGCAGCCGAGCGAUUUCUCGGCACUUGCCCGUGCUUCUGCCAACCCUCACCUUCCAUGUGUCCCGCCGUACUUUCCUGCUUGCCAUCGUUUGCUGUAUUUCCUUUGGAAGAUUGCUCUGUCUCUGCUGCAUGUCUUUCUCUGAACCUCUGGCCUUCGUAUCUGUGUUAUUCUCCCCUUGUCGCCGCUGUCAGCGCUCACAAUGAAACGGGGGGCGCCAUAAAUACAUUCAUGACCCUUCGUCAGCA